AUGUUUUAAAGAGGCACGCGUCUGAGCCAGGUGAAGCCAUGCCCUGACCCGAGUGAGACGGGGACGGAGCAGACAGAGCCAAGUAAAAAAGCACCACCAGCUCUGCACCGCCGUGGAGCCGUCUCCCUCCGCCGCCGGAGCUGUAGCACCGCCGAACUCGACUCGAGCUUAGUGAGAAGACCAUUUUGCUUGCCGAGAGCAGCAGCGGCAUUGGGUCUACGAGAGGGGAUAUGAUCAAGAUACAAGCGCCGGAGCUGUACAGAGACAGCGGCGCGUACGAGGCGAGGAAGGGGCAGUCGCUGAGGGCGCGCUACGUCUACGGGCUCAUCUUCUUCGCCACCAACCUGCUGGCCUGGUUCAUCAGGGACUACGGGGCCAAGCUGCUCGGCGGACUGCACCAUAUCCCGGUCUGUGGAGCAGGGGACUCCAAAUGCUUCCGCUCUGGAGGGGUGCUCCGGGUUAGCUUGGGUUGCUUCAUAUUUUUCUGGGUGAUGUUUGCCACAACAUUUGGAACACGCAAGCUCCAGGGAGUUCGUAAUUCGUGGCAUUCUGGAUGCUGGACCCUCAAGUUUCUGGUGUAUGCCGUGUCAAUCGUCACCCCGUUUAUCAUCCCUAACAUCUUCAUCCAGCUCUAUGGUGAAAUUGCUCGAAUGGGUGCCGGGAUAUUUCUCAUUCUCCAGCUUAUAAGCAUGCUCCACCUCAUAUCAUGGUGCAAUAAACGUUGGAUGCCAGCUCCUGGAUCAAAUCAAUGCGGCCUGUUCGGAUUGUUCUUGUCAACUGUCUCCUUCAUUGCCUCAUUUGCCGGAAUCCUCGUGCUAUAUAUUAUGUAUGUUCCAAACUCAUCAUGUGUGUUCAACAUCUUCACUAUUAUAUGGACGGCAGUCCUUGUGAAGAUAAUGAUGGCGGUGUCACUGCACUCAAAGGUUAAUGAGGGUCUUCUAUCCUCUGGAAUAAUGGGCUCAUAUAUUGUGUUCCUUUGUUGGUCUGCACUACACAGCGAACCACGAACUGGAAAGUGCUACACUGAGAUGAAAAUUGGCAAGGAUGGUAAUUGGGCUACUAUAAUUAGCUUCAUUAUUGCGAUUUGCUCCAUUGUGUCGGCCACAUUUUCUACUGGAAUCAAUAACAGAUCCUUUCAAUUUCGAAGUGAUGAGACCCGGUUGGAAGAGGAUGUCCCCUACAGCUACGAGAUUUUCCACAUUGUGUUUGCGGUGGGGGCUAUGUAUUUUGCAAUGCUAUUCAUAAGCUGGGAGCUUAACCAUCCAAUAACAAGAAAAUGGAGCAUAGAUGUUGGAUGGGCAAGCACAUGGGUAAAGAUCAUGAAUGAAUGGCUGGCAUUUUGCAUAUACGAGGACAUGGUCCGGGCUAGCAUUGUUGCUGCAGUAAAACUGACGUUUUGUCCUCUGCACUCUGCAGUUUGGAGACUGAUCUCCCCAGCCCUGUCGAGGAAACAACCUGCCAAUGAUGAAGAGUCUCCCUCCACAAUAUAGUAUUGAUGAUAGCUAAUUCUUUCUAACCAUUUUUUUUGUAAGUCAAUUCAUAUCUUCCGCAUAUAUACGACAAAAAAAAUGUCCGAGCAUAUUCUGUAUGUUCUGUAAGUAACUAAAGUGACGUAUUGUAGCCACACAAUAGUGUGAAGUUUUGUAUGAGUACUCAGACGUGUACUGCUAACCAUAAUCAAGGCCUGUGACUCCAUCCAA